AAAACAAAACCACUUCCUCCCUGUCCUGCACAUGGGCACUGCCAUGUCCAGCCAGUGAAGCAGACUGCUCAUGUUGGUUCCUGCUCUUCCACAGGAAAUGCUGUCCUUCUGGGAUGUGGCCAUUGAGUUCUCUGCAGAAGAGAGGAAAUGCCUGGAGCCUGCUCAGUGGAAUUUGUACAGGGAUGUGAUGUUGGAGAAUUACAGCAACCUUGUGUUCCUUGGUCUUGCUGUGUCUAAGCCACACCUAGUGACAUUUUUGGAGCAAAGAGCAGAAUCUUCAGAUGUGAAGAGACAAGCAGCAGGCAGCAUGCAGCGAGGAACAGAACCCAAUGAUUAUACCAUUUACAACAAGGCCAUUGACUGUAACUCACUAAUUAUGCAAAGCCAGAGAAUUCAUACAAGGGAGAAACCCUACAAGUGUGAAGAAUGUGGAAAGGGCCUAAGUUCUCAUAAAGCACUUUCCAUACAUAAGAGACUUCAUACUGGAGAAAAGUCUUAUAUGUGUAGAGAAUGUCAUAAAACCUUCAAUACUCGCUCAUCACUUUUUAUACACCAGAAAAAUCAUACUGAUGAGAAAACCUACAAGUGUGGAGAAUGUGGCAGAUUAUUUUAUUAUCCUUCAAUGCUGAAGCAACAUCAAAGAGUUCAUUCUGGAGAGAAACCCUACAAGUGUGAAGAAUGUGGCAAAGCUUUUUGUGAUCCUUCAUUCCUGAAGCAUCAUCAAAUUCAUUCUGAAGAGAAUCCAUGCAAGUGUAAAGAGUGUGGCAAAAGGUUUUCCCAUUAUGCAACCCUUCAGAGACAUCGUAGAAUUCAUAAUGGAAAGAGAUCAUACAAGUGUAAUGAAUGUCACAAAACCUUUCUUUAUCACUCAGGACUUAAGGACCACAAGGUAUUUCAUACAGGAGAGAAACCAUACAAGUGUGAAAAGUGUGGCAAAUGUGUUUGCUCAGCUUCAUCCCUUAGACGACAUCAAAUUAUUCACUAUGAAGUCAACCCUUACAAGUGUGAAGAGUGUGGCAGACGUUUUUACUCAUAUUUAUCACUUAGAGGACAUCAAAUUAUCCAUUCUGAAGUAAAUCCUUAUACGUGUGUGCAGUGUGGCAAACGAUAUUCCUGUUCUAGGAAUCUUCAGGAACAUCAAACACUUCAUACUGGAGAGAAACCCUACAAGUGUGAAGAAUGUGGGAAAGCCUUUCGUUAUCACUCAGGCUUUAGGAGACACAAGACAGUUCAUACUGGAGAGAAACCCUUCAAGUGUGAAGAAUGUCACAAAGCCUUUUAUUAUGUCUCAAGCCUUAGGAGACACAAGAGGGUUCAUACUGGGGAGAAACACUUCAAGUGUGAAGAAUAUCACAAAACCUUUUAGUAUCUCUCAGGCCUUAAGAAACAUGAGAGAGUUCAUACUGAAGAGAAACCCUAAAAGUGUGAAGAUUGUGAAAGAUGGUUUUUUUCCAUCUUUAUCCCUUAGACAACAUAAAAAAGAAAAGGAAAUUCAUUCUGAAGACGAUCCCUAAAAGUGUGAGGAAUGUGACAAAAACUUUGUUAAUCUUUAUACCCUUUCUCAACACAUGAUAUAGUUCAUAUGAGAGAGAAAUCCUACCAAUGUCUUAAAAAGUUUACUUCUUCAACUCUUAAAAUACAUCAAAUGGUUCAUUCUGACUACAAACUCCAUGGGUGUGUGAAGUGUGGUAAAAUAUUUACUAACAAUUCUCAUCUUAUUCAACUCAAAGGAUUCCAUAGUAGAGAAUAUUAAUUAUUUUGAAUGUUAACAUGAACACCUAACUUCCAAUAGCAAAAAUGCUAAGAACGUCAUCAGAGAACAGUAGAGACUUCUCUUGGCUGUAACCUCCAACAGUUUGUUCAAGCAAUGUGUUUGAAACUUGCCUUGAUUCAUGAGUCUCUUUCUUCUGUAACUAUAAAUGUUCCAUAAAAACUUUACCAUGCAUGUCCAUUGGGUGCCUGGAGUCUGAGAUCUAGGCUGUGGCAUUAUUGUUUAUUUUCCCAGUGGAGUCAUCCAAGCUCCUGUAAUAUCUCCCCUUGGUGUGUAAGAAUCUCUGUCUCUCUGAGCUAGUAGGUUUUCACAAGUAUUUGGCUCCUGAUUCCUUAUUGGUAAAAUAUAAGCAUAAUGACUUAGUUAAAACUACACGAAGUCUCUUCCAGUCUAAGGCCUCAGCAGCAAGGCAGCAGCUGCAGCUGAAGAAAUAAAGUCAUCAGCUGAGGCAGAGAUAAUCUCAGGUGCACAUACUGUGCCUUAGAUAAAAAACUACAGUGCCUGUAGAGCAAUAAUGGCAGGAAAGUUGUGAGAAGAACCAAUUAUUUUCUGAUUGGAUUUAAUGCUUAUUCCACAAACAGUAACCGAUGUGAUAUUAAUUUGGUGAUAUAUUUUUGCCUGGCUAGGGGGUAAGCCCUAGGGAAAAUUUAAUGCUGUUAUUCUAGUAAGUGGAUAAUAACUAAAUGAACUCUAGUUCUCAUCUUUAUUUCAGAGAGUCAUGAUCCCACAUUCUCAUAUUUACCCCUGCAGUGGUAUUGUAUUCCCCGAAAUAUUGUGCACGCUAAUAAAC